AUCUCUUCGAACUCGCAAUGCCAGUACCAGCCACUAAAAUUAAAAUACCUAAAAAGUUCCGGCCUGAAAGUAAGUGCUUAUAAAUCUUCUGUAAGACUAUGUAGAUGCUAAAUGUUGUAAGGAUUAACUGACUAUAAGAGAUCCAAAAUGCUACUUCCCAAGACGAUAUAUCAUAACCUUGUUGUCAUUCUUUGGAAUGUUCAACGUGUACGCGAUGAGGGUCAACCUCAGCGUGGCUAUGGUUGCCAUGAUUAAUAGCACAGUAGACGCUUCUGAAAAUACUACAAGAUACACUGCAGAAUGCCCAUUACUGAUACACGAAGACACUCAAGAUGAAAAUGAGGGCUUCAAAGGUGAACAAUAUCACUGGGAUUCGAAAACACAAGGUAUGAUCCUCGGUGCUUUCUUUUACGGUUAUGUUAUAACUCAGAUUCCCGGAGGUAUGAUGUCAGAAAAAGUUGGUGCAAAAUGGAUUUAUGGAGGAGGAGUCCUAAUUACAGCAAUCUUCUCAUUACUUACACCCCUCGCAGCUAGCUGGGGUAUAGGGACUUUUGUUACUGUUAGAGUCUUGGAAGGACUUGGAGAGGGAGUUACGUUCCCAUCAAUGAAUACCAUCAUAAGUAAUUGGGCUCCAAAGCUCGAACGAAGCAGAAUUUCUACUUUCAUUCACACUGGAGCACAAAUGGGGAACGUCAUUUCCAUGCCUGUUUCUGGAUGGCUGAGUAGCUCCGACUUGCUUGGUGGAUGGCCGUCAGUAUUCUAUGUUUUUGGUACCCUUGGCUGUCUGUGGUUCCUUCUGUGGAGCAUUCUUGUUUACGAAACUCCAAAAAAUCAUCCUAGCAUUUCAAGCAGAGAGUUGCAACACAUCCAAAAAAACAAAGAUGACAAACCACAAAAGAAACCAAAAGUACCCUGGCUUACUCUCUUUACUUCGCUUCCUAUGUGGUCUGUGAUUAUUGCCCAUAUUGGGCACAAUUUUGGUUUUUUAAUUCUUCUCACGGAACUGCCAACUUACCUGAGCUCCAUUCUGCAUUUCAAUAUUAAAUCGAAUGGAUUAUUGUCAGCUUUGCCCUACAUCGUAGAAGCAAUCAGCGCCUGGAUAUUUUCUUUCUGUGCAGACAGACUUAGACAUUCUGGAAAACUAAGUAUAACCACUAUUCGGAAGAUUUUUAACUCUAUAGGUUUAUUUGGACCGGCAGCUUGUUUGCUGGGCGUCACAGUAUCGGGUUGUAAUCCAGAAUUGAUUAUAGGUCUGUUUACUCUCGCUAUGGCUCUCAACGGUGGUAUAUACUCGGGAUUCAAUGUAACGCAUGUGGAUAUGAAUCCUGAUCUUGCCGGUACAACAUUUGGAAUUACUAACGCAAUCUCAAACCUAUCUGGAAUUAUAGGACCAGCGGUUGUCGGCUACUUCACUGCCAGCGGGGCAACAAGAGCUAACUGGAGCAGUGUUUUCUACAUCACAGCGGGAGUAUAUACAGUCUGUGGGGCAUUUUUUGCCAUGUUUGCUUCGGCAGAACUGCAGCCUUGGAUCAAACAAACAGAGAACGACACGAAACACACAAAGCCAGAAAAAUCCUUCUACAGCAUUGAAACUAAAAGCUAAGGUUUAGCUUCCGAAUUAAUUCAAAGAAAUCCAGUUUCGAACACCUAAAGAUCUCGAUAUUUAGAGAAAGACGCGUGUUGGUCUUAAAUUGGAGCAAGAGCAGUGGCAGAAGAAUGAGCGUUGCUUGUGGUAAACGAGAUAUUGCAAAAUGUUGCUAGCAGUUUUGCACAAGGAUGUAUAGAGUUCUUUGUUUGUCUUUCGUUUGUAAAUAAUCUUCAUCUAAAACUGCAAUAAUUUUAAGGAAUGAAGAACUUUUAUAUGAGAUGUGCAUAAAAAUAUGUACACAUUUUC